AUUGCUCAGUAAUUACGAGCAGUUACGACUUAAGCCAAACUAAAAAUACCCCGUUCUCUGAAAUUCUUAAUGCGGUAAAAUGACGCAACUUGAAGUAAUCGAUAGACGCGCCGGCGAACCAAAAUCCCAUGGUCUUAGUAGCCCAAAAAUAAUAUUUGGCAGUUAACACAAUAGAAUAAUGCGCUACAAUCAAGUAUGAAUGGGCGUCUUUAUUAAUAGAGUUAAGCCAUGGGGACUCCAGAGGACGCAGACCUGAACGCGAUGGCCGGCGCUGGCUACGUGCUCGGAAUCGACAUCGGCACGACGUCGGUCAAAGUGUGUGUUUUCAACCCCCAGAAUAACGAAAUUGUCGCCCAGAUCGGGAAGGACACCCAGUCGAACGUGCCCAGCGACCAGGGCAUCGACGGGAACAAGCAGGACGUGCCCAAGAUCAUCUCCGCCCUGAAUACGUGCGUCGCCAAAUUGCAAAAGAAUCUCCUCCAACACAUCACAAAAAUCGGAAUAUGCGGCCAAAUGCACGGAGUCCUCUUCUGGAACCAAGGAAAAGCCUGGGAAAGAAUCGAAAAAGACAACAACUUAGUUCGCUACGACGUAGUCCAAGAAGAAGUAUCAGCCCUAUACACCUGGCAAGACAGCCGCUGCGACCCCGCUUUCCUAGCAACUUUACCCGUCCCUCAAUCCCACCUGAGAGUCUACACGGGAUUCGGUGCCGCCACUAUUUUCUGGAUGGCCAAAAAUAAGCCUGAGAAGCUCAAACGUUAUAACUGCUCGGGGACUAUCCAGGACUUCGCCGUCGCCAUGUUGUGCAACCUCCCCAAACCCAUAAUGUCCGACCAACUGGCCGCAAGCUGGGGCUUCUUCGACUGCGUAAACCACCGCUGGAACGAAGAAAUCCUCCAGGAAACAAAUUUUCCGACGUCGCUUCUUCCAGAAAUCAAGCUGAGUGGCGAAAUCGCGGGCCACUUGGCUGAUAACUGGCACAGCAUCCCCAAGGGUACCCCGAUUGGAAUCGGUUUAGGGGAUCUCCAGUGCUCCGUUUUGUCUACCAUAGAGACGCAAAAGGACGCCGUUUUGAACGUGUCCACGUCUGCACAAAUCGCUUUCGUGGCAGAAGAUUAUAAACCCCACUCGGGUCCACCGACGGUGAACACCGUGGAUUACAUUCCAUACUUCAAGAACAAGUACCUGGCGGUGGCCGCGUCCCUCAACGGGGGAAAUUCGCUGGCCACCUUCGUCAAAAUGGUCCAGCAGUGGACUAUGACGCUCGGGUUUUCGGUACCACAAUCCAAAGUUUGGGAGAAGGUGAUCAGUUUGGGGCUCGAGGAAAGUAGCGUGUCGGAGUUGAGGAUUUCGCCAACGUGUUUGGGGGAAAGGCAUGCCCCCAAUGUCACGGCUUCGGUUACCAAUAUAAAUAUCGGGAAUCUGGAUAUGGGGAAAGUUUUUCGGGCUCUUUGUAACGGGUUGGUGGUGAAUUUGCACAGUAUGAUGCCCCGCGAUGUGUUACAAAAAGCGAAUAUCACCAGGAUUGUCGGGAAUGGGUCAGGUUUGUCUAGGAACAAAGUCCUGCAGAAUGAAGUAUUGAGUCUCUAUAAGUUGCCUUUGGUUUUUACCACGGGGGGCGAUGCCGCUAAAGGUGCCGCCAUGGCUAUGAAUCUAUCAACUGUUAGUCUUUAAUGCAUAUCAGAUCUAUUUAAUUUUAUAGUUUUAUAGUUAGGGUAAUAAGCUUGAAAUGUUCGUCCAUUAGUGGCCUGUGCUAUCCAUAAGACUGGAGUUUAUAUAGAAACGUGAAUAAAAUUUGCGAAUGUGUGCUGUCA